AUGAAACGUGACGCGCAUCCAUGCGGAGUGAAGCGCAUGAGGGUAUUGUGUAAAGCAGCGUGUCAGCACUUCAGCGAAGAGCAUAGGAAGAUGUGGAAAGAGAUGAAUGCACGAGAAGCCGACGCGGACGCGGUGCAGCUGCAACGUUAUAUGCUUGACUCGGAUGCAAGUGCUGACCUGUCUCAGGAAACGUACCUGUGCCUGUUGUGCCAUUUUCAAGGAGCGCGAGAAUCGAGAAGACAGCACUUGCAUGAGGCAGAAGAUGGCAAAGAUGACGGCACUUUUAUGGCACACGCCAUUCUUGCAAACCACCAAAUCGCUGUGAUGAAGAGAAAGCAGCAGCUCUAUUGUGCAAGUUGCCAGGACUUUAUUUACCCCGAUGCAGCAGCUGUGGGUAAUGGUAGUCGACGACGGAAGCGGCAGAUGCGAGGUGUGGUGGCACCACCGCUCAAGUUGCUACAACGUGGACUAGUGAACAUGGGCAACACGUGCUUCUUGAGCUCAGUGCUUCAGGCGUUGGCGCACAACCCAAUGGUGCGACACUACUUUUUCGUGGCGAAGCGCCAUGAUAUGGUGAUCUGCCAGCAACAGAGACAACGGCUACUAGAUACGCGACAGCAGCAACUGGACUCUGCGAAACACAAGCGACACGAUGAAGAAGAUGGAGGAGAGCAGGGAGGCACGAAAGGUGACAUUGAUCGUGCCAUUUCUGUCUGUCUCGGCUGCGAGCUUGCUACAUUCAUGGCGCAGCUCGUACCUCCUGCUGCUCCUGUGCCGCGACAGUUGUUGAAGGCAUCCCCAAUUGCACCGCAAGGCAUUCUAGAGGCGAUGUGGAACGCGUUUCCGUCUUUCAUUGGCACCGCUCAGCAUGAUGCACAUGAACUCCUGAUUGCACUCUUGGGAGGUCUGCAUUCCCAUACGCACCCUCGCGUGUUUGUGCACGGUGGCGCCUCUCCGCAGGUUACGCCACGUGGACAGAGUUUGUGCGACUGCGCUGUGCAUCAACAUUUUUCGGGUGUACUGCGAUCUCAACUUGCGUGCGUAGGUUGUGGGUCUGCCUCGCACAAAUUUGAUCCAUUCUUGGAUGUGUCUUUGUCUUUGAUUGAUGGAACGAGCACAACUGGAGGAAGAGGAAUGUCCAAAGGACACGAAAGAGUGGAGCUAUCGUCCGAGUCAUCAUCUGCACUUAAUCUUGAGUCGCUGUUAUCGCAGUUUGCAGAUAAAGAGGAACUACAAGGAGCGAAUCAAGUGUAUUGCCGUCGCUGCUCGAAGUAUCAGAACAACUACAAGAGCUUGAACUUGCAUGUGCUACCAAACGUGCUUGUUUUUCACAUUCGCCGUCUCGACUUCUAUCGCCAGCAAAAGCUUACGCUGAACGUGGUUUUCCCCCUAGUUGGUCUCAACAUGAGACCGUAUACGUCACUAGCCAAUGACGAGGCCGACAUCCGUAAAAAAGGGAAGUCGAAUGGUUCCGUUCAAGGUGGUGAUCGAAACGAUUUCGUGUACGACCUCGUCGCAGUCGUCAACCAUCACGGCGACUCGGUGAAUGGAGGUCACUACACUACCUACGUGCGCGGCGAAAUGCCCGAGGGUGCGACAAGUGUCAUCAGAACGAAGGAACAUCAGUGGAUACUCUUUGACGAUACCGAGGUGAAGACCGUUACCGAUGCCGAAGUCGAAGGCUCCCAAGCGUACCUGCUUUGCUACGUCCGCCGGGACCCGUUCAUCGCUGUCGCUGCAUGA